CUGCUCUCCAACAACGAACCACUAAAAAGCGCACCGCGCCCACCUCGCAAGAUGGUCCUAAAUCUAAAAAGCUCAAGGCAACCUCAUCAAAACCAAAAUCGUCGGCGUCGGACGCAGACCAUGUCAAGGAGAGCGGCAAGAAGCGAAGUCGGCCAGUGACCGCGUCGGUAGUCGCAGAAAAAGAUGAAGAAGAGUCGGACUAUGAGGAUGAGGACGCUGGUGACGACUUUCUGGACGAAGGUGGAGAUGGCGAUGCGAUGGACGUUACGGAAGAUCAGGUUGCGUCGAAGGACCCUAAUGCCUCCCGUGAGUCUCACAAGGCUCAGAGAGCCCUUGCACAGCAACGCCGUGCAUCCAAACCCCACUCGGCACUCUUGACGUCGGCGAAGCAGAUAUGGUCGCAAGCCCGCCUCAAGCCGCCUGCUAUCACUCCUGCGGAGCGCACAAAACAUGUGAACGAGCUUAUGGAUGUUCUCCGGGGACAUGUGAAGGACGUUGUGCUAAAGCAUGAUGCGAGCCGGAUCAUCCAAACGCUCGUCAAGUACGGGUCGAAAAAGCAGCGGGAAGAGAUUGCGACGGAAUUGAAGGGGUCGUUCCGUGACCUUGCACAGAACCGGUAUUCUAAGUUCCUCGUCACCAAACUCAUCCGCCUUUGCCCUGGCCAACGUGCAUCCAUCCUCUCCGAAUUCCAAGGGCAUGUCCUCAAAUUACUUCUCCACCGCGAGGCAUCGAGUGUCUUGGCCGACUCGUUCGAACUGUAUGCCAAUGCGUACGAGCGAAGCAUAUUGCUCCGCGAUUUUUAUGGCAAAGAGGUUGCCCUCUUUUCAAAGAUCGACAGUGGAGAUGCGCCAGCAAAGGAACGCGCCAAGGCGGGUCUCGUCGGUAUUGUACAGGACAUGGACGUUGAGAGGAGAAAGCGGACUGUGAACGCCGUCAAGGAAAAUCUGGAGACAAUAUUUAACAACCCCGAUAAGGGUGCUGUGACGCAUGCCAUUGUUCAUCGCGCGCUUUGGGAAUACCUUGCAGCCCUUCCUAAGGGCGAGGAAGGAGAGAAGACGAGAAGAGAGAUGUUCGAGUGUUGCCAAGAAAUUCUUGCCGAGAUGGUGCAUACGAAAGACGGCAGUAGGGCUGUGCGAGAGUUUUUAGCGUACGGUACCGCGAAGGACCGAAAGCACAUCACCAAAGUCCUGAAGCCUCACGUCGAACGCAUGGCUACGGACGAUGAAGCUCAGCUUGUACUGUUCACUGCCCUCGACGUCAUUGAUGAUACGAAGAUGUCGGCAAAGUCUCUCGUUUCACCUAUAACAACGACGACAUCAACACUUGUGGCCUCACCGCAGGGCCGCCGUACCCUAUUGUACCUCCUCGUUCCCCGAUCGCGGCGGCACUUCACGCCUGCGCAAACAGCGGUACUCGCUGAGACGGAUAAAGUACGAGAUGGGGUUGAAGGAAAACGGGAAGGGACCAGUAAAAAGGAUGCAGCGGUUCGGGCGACCGAAGUUCGUCAGGCCGCGAGCCCGGACCUCAUUGAGUGGGUGCGAACAGAUGGGCCGAGUGCAGUGCGGGAAACGGGAGGGAGCUUGGUAGUGGGCGAUAUUAUGCUCUUUGCGGAGGGCGACAAAACCGCUGCUUCAAAAGCUCUCCUAGAACCUGUCGGGGCAUCGUAUCCAUCAAGCACAGGCGAUGGGCCCGAGGAUGAAACGUCUCUCCAUGCUAUACAGCUGCCUCACACGUCGCGCACGUACAAGACACUCCUGCAAGGUGGACACUUCUCACAUGCAACAAAAACCAUCGAGCGCGCCCCUCAUUUCUCGGCCGAGAAGUUCGCGGAAGAGUUUGUCAAGGUUGUGGGGCAGGACAAGGAGAAUGCGCUGAGGAUAGCCAAGGGAGACGGUGCAUUUGUGUUCGCGGAGCUGCUGGAGAGGGUGAGGGAAGAGGCGGACUCGGAGGUGAAGAAGACAGUCAAGGGCUGGUUCAAGGACGGGAAGUGGAAUGAAAAAGAAGACGGCGAGGGAAGGGGGCAUGUGGUGCUGAAGGAGAAGGUAGAUGCGCUGUUGGCCUCAUAGGAGUCUUGGGGUCUAUUGCAUUAAAAGCCUUCAUGGUCGCCCAUGCUCACUUGGACUAGGAUACUGUUACAUCUAUCGGAGGCACAAUGCACUUGCUUGCAACUGGG